AUGGCUGAGACUCAAUUGGUGCAGGAGGAAGAGCAGCUUUCCCAUCCCUCUCAGAUGUCGCAUCCUGUCGAACCUCUGAGUGACAGUCAGAUGCCAGCUACACAGGUGGAAGAUCUGGUGGAGGGCUUGAAGUGCAGCAAAUGCCUCAACGAAGUCACUGCAGAGACUCUUGCUGCCCAGAAGUGCAAAGGUCAAAAAACAGUGACUUGCAAAAGCUGCCAUGCGGUCACCGAAACUCUGCGCCGCAACCUGGGCGACUUUCCGUCAGAGUGGGACAUCAUGGACCCUUCAGAGCAGGCCGGCUUCUGGCGGCAUUGUGUCGCUCUCAAGCAGUCCGACGACAGCGUGUUACGGUACAAGGCCAUCCGGGCUGUACUAUCCAAGGCAAUUAGCAGCGUAGUUGAGCGGCAAAAGGCAUCUGUCGUCGAAGAAGAAUUUCGGCCCCUUAGCUAUUGGGAGCGCAUGGGGUAUUGCACAGAUGACAUCGAAGCCCAUGGAGAGUACCGCCAAUGUCCUGUAGUGGGCGCAGUCUCCAGUGUGCCAGUCCAGAAAAAGACUGACGCGGUCAUCAUGAAGCAUGUCGAGGAGAGCGUCAUGCGGAGCGAAAGGGACUGCAAACGAAAACGUUGUCCAAGAGAGACUCCCGCCCCCAAGAAGAAGGCCAAGAAAGGUGAGCCACAGACUGUGGAAGCUCCUGUCCCGCUGACUGAGAAGCAGCAGCAGCUAAAGCGAGAUCUUGUGAACCUCACGGAUUUGCGCUCUGACUCUGAGGAUGAGGACUGGAAAGCUGAGCGAAAAGAGGCAGCCGCAGCGAAGAAGAAGCAGGUGGCUGACCAGAAGAAGAUCUUGUCCAUGUCGCACAAGCUCAUGUUGCUGGCUCCGCCCCAGAUUGAGAAGUACAAGAAAACUGAGAAGAUCUUUGAAAAGUACGAUAUCAAAGACGAAACCAAGACCACCUUUGGUGAGGUCAAGGACACCAUCGAGACUUGGCUUUCACAAGCUCAGCAGAUCCUGAAAAUGGCCGCUACCUCGAAGGCCUACGGCUGGGAUGACGUGGGCUUUGAAUCGGAGAAGGACAUCAGUGCCAAGAUCAAGGAAGGCACGACCAUCGUGAAGCAAAUCAAUACGGAGAAGAGGGCUUUGGCAUGA